UGAAAUAAACACAUUGCAAUUCUCGAACACAUUCAUAUUAAGAAGAAAUAUAUUUCUUACAAAUGAUUUUUUAUUUUAUGACGAGUAAUUUAAUAGAGUGAAACAUUUUCAAGUAGGUGGGAUUAUACUAAAUUUUAACCCACUUUAUUUCAUUAUGGAAUCUACAGAAACAUUAAAAUCAACAUUAAUUGACUGUUUGAAACAACAAGUAUGUGAACUAGAAGUACUUACAUCAAUAUAUCCAGACAAUGGUGACAUUAUCUUUACUAAGAAGUCCAUUUUAGAAGAUAUAAAAGAUUUUAUAGAUAACAAAACUGAGUACACACCAAAUCAUUUAGAUUUCACUCUUAACCUAAUAGUGGAAAAUCUUAAAUUAGAAAUUUCUAUAAAUUUACCUAGUUUCUAUCCUAAAGAAGAACCGGACAUUUUUAUAAGAUGUAAUCACUUAAAUCGACAACAGGAAACUUUGUUAAACAACAACUUAACCGAUUACAUUAAUGUUAAUCACUGUGGAGAGCAAUGUUUGUAUACAGCAAUAUCAUGGUUACAAGAUAAUGUAGGAAAGUACAAAUGUACUACAGCUGAAAUCACUGGUCCUGUUGAAUCAAAAAUGACAAAUAAAGUCCAAGAUAAAUUUGUUAGAUUAUGGAUAUUUUCACACCACAUUUAUAACAGGAAGAAGAGAGAGGAAAUUGUAAAGAUUGCACAUGAUUAUGAUUUGAAUGGAUUUUGUUUGCCGGGUAAACCUGGCAUUAUUUGUGUUGAAGGUUCUGAAGAUAGUUGCUUUAAUUGGUGGAAAAUAAUCAAAAACAUGAAUUGGAAGAAAAUUGUCAUAAGAAAAACCGAAACAUUUGAUGAUUCUGUAAGAAUCAAGGAACAAAAAUUCAGCAACUUUGAAGAAAUUGUUUUUCAAAAUUCCAACAAAAAAAAUUCUGAUAUGAGUGCCUUUUCAAAAUUUAUAGAUGAUCAUGGUCUUUCUCACAUAUUCAAUGAUUUAUUUAAUUUAAGCUGACCAUAAUGGAAGAGAGGAGAAAAUGUAUAUAUAAAUAAAGCUGUUAUUAUUAACUUAAAUAAAUAUGUUUGUAUUAUAUUUUCAUAUAAAUUUUAUGUUACCAUGAAUAUAUUGAAAUAUUUGAUU